UCGAUCGGACUUUCCCCUCCUGCCCACCAAAACCCCCCCAAGUCCCAACUCCCAACUGACCACGCAAUCGCAUGGCUCCGCCGGGCGCCGCCGCCGCGCCGGAGACCGGCGCCGUCCAGCUCCUGCUCCGCAACGUCGACUCCCGGACCACCGUGAUCCGGGCGCGGCGGGAGGACACCGUGGGAUCGGUCCUCGACCGCCUCGGGAACGGCGUCGCCGCCAGCGGGGCCGAGCAGCGCCUGCGCGCGGUCCACGCCGGCCGGGAGCUCCCGCGCGGGGCGACGGUCGGCGAGCUCGGCCUCCCGUGGGACGCCACACUCCACGUGUCGUACCGGCUCGUCCCCACCCCGCACGGCGACGCGUGGAGGCUCGCGUCCGAGAUCGCCGCCGCGGCCAGGCUCGCCGCCGCGACGGUUGGCCAGCCGUACGCGGCCGCGUCCCUGGAGUUGCAAGUCAGGAGGUUCCUGGAUUCGGCCCGCGCCGCCCACCAGAGGAAGUCAAACAGCGCCCUGGGCCCCGUCGCCGAGCACUUGGGCAUCUUCCUCCGCAGGGGCGUCCCCGGCGUGCUGGUCCAGCUCUAUCAGUCCGACGACAAGCGGCGCCGCACCGAUGCCGAGCGCGCUAUCCGGUGCUUCCUGUCCCCCGACCCCCCGGCGGGGAAGAGCAUCGUCAAGGCGUUGACGGCGCCGGUGCUCUUGGAGUUCUGCGAGUCCUUCGCCACCGGCGCGCGCAAGGGCGACCCGCUCUACGCUGCCUUGCGAGACAUGGUCGCGACGGUGCUCUCGGACCCCGAAUGGACGCCGGGGCUCUGGGGUGACGUGCCGCGACGGCGCGUCGCCGAGCAGUUGAUCCGGCUUGCUAGGGAGACGGCGGUCGCUGUUAUCGUAGAGAUCGCCGGGGCGUACAGGAGCCGCGGCCACCCCGCGGCGGCAUUUGGGAACUUGGUCGAGUUCAAGACCUUCUGGUCCGUGCUGCGCCAGCAGGUGCUUGAGCUGGACGCCGACACGCCGCUUCGCCCUUGGAGAAAGGCGCUGUCCCAAACGCUGGAAGCCCUGCUGAAGAGCGUCGAAGACUGCAUGACCAGGUUCGAGAUGAAUUUGCCGCCGCCGCCGCCGCCGGCGGCGGCGGGGCGCAAGCAUACCUCGUCGUCGAGCGCGCUGACCAAGUGGACGGCCUCGCUGCACAGCGUUUGGGCCGUCCUGGCCGAGCUGGACGCGUGGUCGGAUGCCCACCAUGCGAUGCGAACCACGCUGGCGGCGCACCCGAGGGCGGUCACCGCGCUUGUGCUGACCGCCGGGAGCGAGCUCAGCGAGAGCAUCCGCUGGAUCACCAGGCACAGAGACCUCCUCGAGUUCGAGGCACGGAGGCACCUGGCCAUGGCAAUGCUGCCGGAAAUCGUCAGAGGCGCCGACGCGCCGCCCCCGCACGAGAUGCUGAUCGAUCGGGGGCGGCUGCUGCCGGACUCAUUCGGGUACAUUGCUCAUGCGACACCUCAGGAGCUACGCGCUGUCCUGUCUGUGGCGUUCAAGCACGAGCAAGCCACCGGCCCCGGCGUGCUGAGGGAGUGGUUCUGCUUGGUGUGCCAGGCGCUGUUCAACCCGCGACUUGUUCUCUUCUCAGCUUGUCCACAAGAUAGGAGAAGGUUCUUCAUCAAUCCAACAUCUGUUGUGGAUCCACUGCAUCUGGAGUACUUCGAAUUUGCUGGGCGGAUGAUUGCAUUAGCCCUGAGGCACAAAAUACAUGCUGGAGUUUUCUUUGACCAGACAUUAUUCUUGCAACUAGCUGGGAGACCUAUUACACUGGAUGAUAUUGCAGAAGCAGAUCCAUCCCUGCAUGCAAGCUGCAAAAAGAUCCUAGAAAUGGAUCCUAGUCUUGUGGAUUCAAACAUAUUGGAAUUAACAUUUGCUCGAGAAGAUGAGGUGUUAGGGUCUAGGACGGUCACCGAGCUCUUCCCUGGAGGGAAGGAUAUUGCUGUUACUAGUGAGAAUAGAUGCCAGUACAUCGAUCUACUUAUUCAAGAUAGGUUCGUGAACUGCACCAGACGUCAGCUAGCUUAUUUCGCUGCAGGAUUUCGUAUUAUGUUCAACAAAUGGAAACCCUGGACAGAGUUCUUUGCGAGUUUGGAUGUUGAAGAUUUUGAUCGGAUGUUGGGCGGUAGCAAGGGCACUAUAGAUGUGAACGAGUGGAGAGCUCAGACUGACUACCGUGGAUACAAAGAAAAAUGUCGCCAAAUCAAAUGGUUCUGGAAGGCCGUGGAAAACAUGACGGUUGAACAGCAGGGAAGGCUACUCUUCUUCUGGACCUCAGUGAAGUGUUUGCCGUCAGAUGGUUUCUCGGGGCUGGGUUGCAGGCUGUUCAUAUACAGGGCCUCCAGCUCCCGCGACCACCUCCCCACUUCACAAACCUGCUUCUACCACCUCAACCUCCCAGCUUACACUUCGUUAAGCAUGAUGCAAAGGCGGCUGCAUAUGAUCGUCCAGGAACACGUGAGCAGCGGCUUUGGGGCAUCGUAGCUUCUGUUGAUUUCUGGCUCAAUGUGGCGUUGUGCAUAGAAUUUUUGAUACUGUGACUGAGAUCAUAGUAGCGAUAUGUUCUUAGGCUUUUCUUCACUGUAGGAGACAUGGAAGUCUCACUCCUAAGAAAAGUUCACCUUAUAACUUACAUCAGAGAAAAAAUUGCUAUUUCAUCUGA